AUGGCAGACACAUCAGAGCUUCACUUUUACAUAAUGUGGUUUGCGCUAAUAGUAGCGAUUUCCUGCUUUUUCUCCCUCAGUAUAUGUGGAGUCCUAAACGGAAAACCAGUCAAGGUCGGGGUAUUUUUACUUAUUCUUUUCGCUGGGUCUAAUUGGGUCAAUGAUGUCACAACAAUGCGGAAUACUCCAAAUUUCAAUGAGCCAGGUAUCGAGCCAGAAAAACUCCUUGAGCUAAAACAUAACUACUCAAAGCUACAGAGGGAUGUAUAUAUGGAGUUUAUCGAAAUGAUUAGCCUUUUCCUUAUUUUACUUUUACCUUAUUGGCAUGAGUCUUAUUUGGAAAGGAUAAGGUAUUUGGAAAAAAGAGUUAAGGAAGAAGAAGAAAAUUGUGCAAGGCUGAUUUCAUCUAAGAAUUAA